AACACGCUUCUCCUUUGCGACAACACUCUUGGGCCUGUAUGGUUUCGUUUCCAAGGAGACGCGUGGUCAAAAAUGCCCACUUCGUGGAUUCUCCCCUAGCCUGCGAAAACAUCCGUUUCCCCUCGCUCUUCGUCGCUGGGGACGUUUCGCGAAGAGGAACGCCUCCACAAGAAACGUCCCCAGCGGCGAAGAGCCAGGAGAAACGGAUGUUUUCGCAGGCUAAUUCUCCCCCUACAGAUGCGGGACACACGAUACGGGAUGGUUAAAGGGGGCUCAUCCCGAGGAACACGAGGGUACGGUGACACGACAGGUGUGCUUCCACUUGAGUCCAAAUUAUUGCCGUUGGUCCGUCAAUAU